AUGUCCACGCACGCCGCCCCGAUUCCCCCCAUCCUUCCGCGGCCUACCUCCACCCCCGUCUACGUCCCCGCCCCAGAUCCACCCGGUCUUCAAGGUCCACCCGGACCACAAGGCCCCGAAGGCCCACCAGGACUCUCCCACGAGACGCUCGAACAGCGCAUCUACGACCUCCUCGCGCCCUUCUGCGCCACCAACCUCACGCCCGCCGCCGAAGCCAAGGCGCUGAUCCUCUGCGAGAACAUCGCCUUCCUGAUCCGCCACCAGCAAGCCAGCUACGGCAAGCGCAUCGAGCCAUCGGACGUCUCGAUGGCGACGAAGAACUGGGCGGCUAUGACGACGGGGAAGGGCCUCGUGGGCGUUUGCGUGUUUGCGAAUGGCCAUGGGUUCUCGCAUGCGGUUGUGAGGGCGGCGGUGGGGCGGGGCGAGGACGUCGUCGAGAAGCUGGGGGAGCAGGUGGAGGUGGCGAUGGUGCAGUUUUUUCCGGGGAUCUUCUGA